AUGGUGCGCGGUGUAUAUCUCUUCCCCACGACCCCUCAGGCUCUUCGUUCUCGUCAUGGAUCGGUGGACCCUACAAUCCACAAAAUCAGAGGUUGUGCCGCCGGGUCAGCGAGGAUAGACAGGCCAUUCGCUGGAAACCUUCCGCUCCUGUGUCGAGCCAGGCAAGGGAUGGGGAGGUGCAGCGAAUUGGCCAUAGGCCUCAGGAAGGCCAUUGUCGAAAACGGAACAAAGCGCUGCAGCAAGAUGCAGACGCAGGUCACAGGUUGCAGUGGUGUGCAACAUUCUCGCACUGGACAGGUCUGCGACUCUCCGCCAAGGUUCAAGGUCAACCAUUCCGCCAAGAUCGCAAGAGAGCCACCGGAUGGAAAGGAAAAGCGGGGGUUGGGCCCUCCAGGAAGCGUGCAAGAUCUCCCUGCGUCUCCGCCAGAGGCCUCCGCUUCAAAGGUCACUCCUCUCUCGGGCACGCCGUCUCCUCCAAAGGCCAAGACUUCUGCCCAGCACUGUGGCACUCUCCCAACAUCUCCACGUAUUCCUCGAAUCCUCUCUCAGACUCCGUAUGGAUACGUCCAGCCAGACUCUCGACUUCUGGGCGUUUGA